CUCGCAACACAUCCAUCACACCGAAAGCGUGGAGCAGCACACAUGUUGCUUGAGAAAGGUACUCAAAAAGCCGACGAGGCAGGACUGGACAUGUACCUUCAAGCGUCUCUGAUGGGAGCGAAGUUAUACAAGAAAUUUGGAUUCGAGGUUGUGUCGAUCGAAGAGAUUGACUUGAGUCAGUAUGGAAUAGACAAGGUGGAAUCACGAACGUACAUGGAGAGAAAGACUAGAGCAGUUCGUCAAUAA